UUUUUUUUCUCUCCUUCCGCCAUGUUCAGUCCUUCAACCAUAAAUGUGUGUCAAUGUGCGACCGAGAAAAUGCUUUAAUAAAAUAAUCCAGUUAGAAAAAGAACGAUAUAAAUAUAUCUAUAUAUAUUUUCCUUUCUAUUUUUUUUUUUUAAGUGUAUUGGCAAAAAGGCAGACACAAAUGUGUGCUGGGGGGGGUUUACGUAGUGUGCUGUAUUGAGUGUGCACAGUAAGUCGACCAAUCGAGCGAUCAUACAAUAUAGAUAAUAUAUUAAAUAAUAAUAAAUAAAAAACAUACAUAUUAUUAUGUGUAAUUUAAAAAUAACAUUAAACCUAAAUCAAUCAAAUUAAAAACCAACAAGUUAAUCAAUUUUUCAUUUUUAAAUUACAAAAAUCUAUGUUGAAAAAUAUAAAUAUUGUUUUGUUUUUUUCUUCGUUAAAUAAAUUUUGUUUUUGUUUAAUUGUUUAUUUGUGAUAAGUGUUUUUUAAAAAUAUAUAAAAUAACUGGUUAAAUUGUUGAUGGUUUUUGUACGGGCGGACAACAUUAAUGGCUGUCAGUCGACAUUUCAUUUCAUCGAGUAAUAUUCAUCUAGUUUUACUCAUCAUAUAAUUAUUAUAAAAAAUGUUCACCGGUACAGUUAAAGUUAAAAUAUGUGAGGCAACUGGUUUACGUGCAACUGAUAAACAUCGUAAAUUUUGGCAAGAUGCACCACCAAUUAUAGAUCCAUAUGUAUUACUUGAUGUUGAUCAAAAUCGUUUAAAUCGUACAUCAAUAAAAGCUAAAACAUUUCAUCCAGUAUGGAAUGAGUGUUUUACACAUGAUGUACAAUCAGCAAUAAUGCUUGGUUUAACUGUAUUUCAUGAUGCUGCAUUGCCACCAGAUGAUUUUGUUGCUAAUUGUCGUAUACCAUUUGAAGAACUUGUCAGGCGUGAAGAUGAAAUUGCUGAUUUUUGGGUUGACCUAGAACCACAUGGUAAAUUGCGUGUUAGGAUCGAUCUAAAAUGGAGCAAUCAAGAGCAACAAGCAGGAUGUAGUUCUGGUGUUGAGGGUGAUGGUGUUGGUUCUGUUGGUGGUAAUGUUGGUGGUGGAACAUUACCAGCAGGCAAAGAACCACGUGGAUUUACUGAACGUCAAGGUUUUAAUAGACGAAGAGGUGCAAUGCGUCGGAGAGUGCACCAGGUCAAUGGACAUAAAUUUAUGGCAACAUUUUUAAGACAGCCAACAUUUUGUUCACACUGUCGUGAAUUUAUUUGGGGCGUUGGAAAGCAAGGCUAUCAGUGUCAAGUUUGUACUUGUGUUGUUCACAAAAGAUGUCACGGACUUGUCGUUACCAAAUGUCCUGGUAUGAGAGACGAGGACAAAAAGCCUAUGUUGCAGUCAAAUGAUGCUAUUCAAGGACAAAGAUUCAGCGUUAAUGUUCCUCAUCUAUUUGAAGUACAUACAUUUAAACGUUUUACAUUUUGUGAUCAUUGUGGAUCAUUACUUUAUGGAUUAAUAAGGCAGGGUCUUCAGUGCACAGUUUGUAAUUUAAAUGUUCACAAAAGAUGUCAAAAAAAUGUUGCCAAUAAUUGUGGUAUUGAUACAAAAGCAAUGGCUGAAAUAUUAAGUACACUAAAUAUAUCACCAGAUCAACAAUGUAAAACUCCAAAAAUUAAUUACAAAGCUGGAUCAACAAGUAGUUCAUCACAGGGUGGACCAAGUCCUAAUAAAUCAUCAAGAUCAUCAGAUAGUUCACAUCAAUCAAGUGGUAGUGGUGGUGGCGGUGGAGGUGGAGGAGGUGGAGGAGGUGGUGUUGCAGUUGUUGGAGGUGGUGGUGGUGGUGGUGUUAAUAAUCAAUUAAAUAAAUUACCAACACUACCUGAUAUGACACCACAUGAAGAUGAAGAAGCUAGAAAAGUAACACUUGAUGAUUUUAAUUUUAUAAAAGUACUUGGUAAAGGUAGUUUUGGUAAAGUUAUGCUUGCUGAAAAAAAAGGUUGUUCAGAUGAAAUAUAUGCUGUUAAAGUAUUAAAAAAAGAUGUUAUAAUACAAGAUGAUGAUGUUGAUUGUACCAUGACAGAAAAAAGAAUUCUUGCACUUGCUGCAAGACAUCCAUUUUUAACAGCAUUACAUAGUUGUUUUCAAACAACUGAUCGUUUAUUUUUUGUUAUGGAAUAUGUUAAUGGUGGUGAUUUAAUGUUUCAAAUACAAAAAGCACGUAAAUUUGAUGAAACACGUGCACGUUUUUAUGCUGCUGAAGUAACACUUGCAUUACAAUUUUUACAUCAACAUGGUGUUAUUUAUCGUGAUUUAAAAUUAGAUAAUAUAUUAUUAGAUCGUGAAGGACAUUGUAAACUUGCUGAUUUUGGUAUGUGUAAAGAGGGUAUUAUUGAGGGACAAACAACAUCAACAUUUUGUGGUACACCAGAUUAUAUUGCACCAGAAAUAUUACAAGAAUUAGAGUAUGGUGCAAGUGUUGAUUGGUGGGCACUUGGUGUACUUAUGUAUGAAAUGAUGGCUGGACAACCACCAUUUGAAGCUGAUAAUGAAGAUGAUUUAUUUGAAUCAAUAUUACAUGAUGAUGUAUUAUAUCCAGUAUGGUUAAGUAGAGAAGCUGUAUCAAUACUCAAAGGUUUUAUGACUAAAAAUCCAGCAAGACGUUUAGGUUGUGUUGUUGCUAAUGGAGCUGAAAAUGCUAUAAAAGCACAUCCAUUUUUUCAACAAAUUGAUUGGAGGGCACUUGAAGCAAGACGCGUUAAACCACCAUUUAGACCAAAAAUUACUAAUGAAAAAGACGCUAUGAAUUUUGAUGCUGAAUUUACAAAAGAAGAGCCUAUUUUAACUCCAGUACAACACUCAAUGUUACAAUCAGUUAAUCAAGAAGAAUUCAAGGGUUUUUCAUUUGUCAACAAAGACUUUAAUCCAAACAGAUUGGCAACACCCUAAUGAGUAUAAUAAUAUACAAAUCAUCAACAAUCACGUAAACAAAAUAAAACAAAAUAUUAAUUUAAUUAAAAAGCCAUUUACAAUAUACCAAAUACCAAAAGAAAAAAUCUACAAAUCAACAUAAAAACAAAUGGUAAAAUCAACGUUGUCAAGUGUCAUCAAUACUUCAUCAUGAUAAUUAUUUUAUGAAACACUACAACGUCAUAUAAACUGUUGACUAUUCGGCAAUGACCGAUAUUUUUUAUUUCCAAUAUUUUUUAUUUAUUUUUUUUUAUAUAGUUUUUUUUUUUUAAACAUAUAUAUUAUUUAAAUAGGAUAGUUCAUUGAAGCGGCAGAUCAACAAUCUGUCUUUGUUCUUUUUAAAUAUAUAUUUUUUUUUUUUUUUUUAUAUUUAUAUAUAUAUUUUUCAUGACAAGUCACAAGGGCAUACUGUAUUAAUUUUUACUUUUAUCACAAAGUUACGUACAAAGUUUAGAAAUUUUUAUUUAUUUUUUUAUAAAAAAAACAAAAAAAAAUAAACAGUCAAUUUUUUUUUUUUUUUCUGUAGAUUAAUAUAUUAAAAUAAUUAAAGUCCCAAUAGCACAAUACAAUACAAUUUUAAUAUUCCAAUUCGAAUUUAUAAUUUAAAAAAGAAAAAAAAGAAAUAAUAUUUGUAAUUUGAUUGAUAGCCAAUUGUCCCCCUUUUUCUUGGUAAUUAAAUUGCAUAAUUAAAAUUGAUAAUGCAUUUUAUAAAUGAUAUUAUUUAAAAUUAAAAAAAAAUAAUAAUAAAUAGUUAUGCGGGUAAUAAAACAAAGAGUGCUUUGAGUCAGUAGCGCAGGGACGCAACUAGCACACAUAAUUAAAAAGAAAAAUAAAUAAUCUAGUAAUAACUAGGACCGCUGGUGGUCUGUAAAAGAGUUAAUAAAUAUAUUAUAUCUGAUAAAUUUAGAAUACGCCUAAUUAUAGUCAAAAUAAUAAUAACAACAAAAAAUAUAUAUAUUUAAAUGGCAUCUAUCAAUUUUAGUAAAACGCACUAAAAUCAAUUUAAUAUAGAACAAUUUGCCAAUGGGGUUGUUUUUUUUUUUUCUUCUUCCUCUGGCGAAAAGGGGAGGAUUAGUAUAUUUUGAAAAGAAAAAUAAAUAGUAUAAGUAAAUGAACAAAUAAAAUAAUAAAAAUUUAAAUCGCACUAAAAAUUAUAAAAAAAAUAUUUAAAAAUGAAAAAAAAAAAAAAAUCUUACGUGUUGUCUCUAGUUAGGUAUCAGCGAAUUAUCAAUAUUAUGAAUUUCGAUUUUCGAUAAUCAUGAUAAUCGUUCUGAUAAAUAAUACCAAAUGUUAAAACGUCAUUUAGAAUAAUAUAAAUAAAUAAAUAAAAGUGAGAAUAAUUAUUUAUAUUUAAGACGAAAAUUUAAAUUAUUCGUUCUUAAAUUAAAAUAAGAAGAGAUGAUUAUUAAUUUAUUUAUUUUGUCGUGUUGUCACGAGUGAUGCGUGUACUUAAUUGUUUGUAAAAAAAAAAAAAAUUAAUAAUAAUUAAUGAAUGUUUAUUUUAGCUUUUUUUUUUUUUUGAUUAUUUAAAAUCGUGUGAAUUUAUUUAUUAUUUAAAAAAUUAAAAAACAGAAAAAAAUACGUCGCGAUGUUACCUGGACUUUUAUUAUCAACACUGACAAUGUUGAUAAUAUUAUUGUUAAAUAUUAAUAAUUGUCAUUAAUGUUUAACAAAAAUAAAUAUAGUAAAAUGGAAAAAAUAAUUUUAAGAAAAAAAUUUUUUUUUUUCAAUUAUAUUUCUGGUUACGAGUUUUUUGUUUAAACAAACCAGAAUAUUUAUGUGAAAUUAUUGACCAGUUAUUGUUGUUGUAAUAUCACUGUCGUAUAUUUAUUAUUAAUUUUAUUUGUUAUUUAUUUUUUAUUAUUUAAGGUGUUACAAAAAUAUAUCAAAAAUUGUUUUUUAAUUUUUUUUUUUCCUUGUGUGUCUGUGCAGGUCACACUAUAAAAACAAUUUGUAAAUUUAUUAUAGAUUGUUCUUUCAAUAGCUAAAUCUCUUUCUUAAUUUUUUUUUAAUUAUCACUAUUUAUUUAUCAUCUUUUUAUCUCGAAAAUUGUCUUAAUAAUUAAAAAUUUCUUCAAACAAUUGUACUCGAAAUUAAACUAAACAAUGGAGUCAUUUGACAACACAAAAAAUAAAUAAUUUAAAUACUAAACAAUGAACAAAAUUAAUAAUAAAAAUUGUCAUCAGUAAAUUAAAUUUAAAAAAAAAAAUAACAAACGGUUAGUCCGGCCUACGUUUAGAAAAUUAAAUACGUUAUUUCAAAAGGAUAAAUUAAAAAAAUCAUAAUGAUAAAUUAAGAUAAAUAAUAAAUUGAUUUGCAUAAGAUUUGAUCUUAGGUAGAUGAAAAUAAUCUCAAUUAGGCAAACCAAUUAAUUAAUUUGGAAAUGAGAUAAUAUAAAAUAUAUAAAGAAAAAAAAUUUUAAUUAUUCGUCGAGCGAAAAUUAAUAAUCAAUAUUAUUAUUUCAUUCAAGUGUUCAUCUCUGCAAUUGAUUAAUUUAAAUAAAAAUAAUUGUCUUUUGCCAUUCUCAAGCCAUUUAAAUAUUGACUUAUUGCCGUCCUGCACACAUCGAUUGAAAAAUCACACUAAUUAACCAAAGACAUUGCCGUAAUUAUUAUUAUUUAUAAUUAUUUAAAAUUAUCCACUGCAGAGAUGAACAGCCAACUUGAAAAUAUCAAAGAAAUUAAUGCCGCAUUGUCAAAGUACAAUUUUUUAAAAAAUAAUUUCCAUUCUUUUAAUUUUGUUUUUUUUUUUAAAUGAAAAAAAUUAAAUUACAAAUGAUAUAUAAAUGUUUAUUUAUGUUAAAUAUAAACUCUUGUAAUUUUGUUUUUUUUUUUCAAUGUAACAGGGCAAAGUUUAUAUAAAGAAAAAAAAUUAAAUAAAUAUAUUAAAAUGUGUGUCAAAAGCAGAGCUUUUGAAAAUAUAAAAAUUUUUUUGUGCUGGAAAAUUUAUGAUAUAUACACAAAAAAAUAAAAAAUUAUAAAAAAAAAGAAUUAUAUAUAUAAAUUAUGAUAAUUAGUAAGUCCCUAAUUUGAAAUUACGCUGUCCUUUUCGAUGUGAUUUUUUAUCGCUAAUUUAUAGUCAAACUUAAAUUAGCGUGAUAAUUAAAUUCAGAUAAAUAAAAUAUGUUGAAUGUUAAAGAAAAUAUUUAAAAAUAUAAUAAUAUCAUAAAAUAUAUUAUGUAAAAGUCAAUCGUGCUUGUGUUUAGUUAAUAGAAAAUUUAAAAAAAAAAAACCAAACGCGUAACAAAAAAAAAAGUCUACAAAUAUAUUUAAAAAAAUAAAAGAAACUAUAAUUGUUGAACGCACCAAAAUAAUGUCAAGUAGUGUGUAAUAAUAAAAAAAAAAAAAGUCCACUAAAUGCAAAAAUUAACAAACAAACAAAUAAUAAUAACGACAAAAAAAACCAAAAAAAAUUAAUUGAUGUUUUAAAAUGAUAAGUAAUGCGUUAUUCUCGUACCUUAAAAAAUAAAAAAAUAAAAAAUGUGCACAUCCUCUUGGCAAAAAUAAGCCGCCCACAUUUUUUUUUUUUUCGAAAUUUUUAAUUAAAAUUUUGUUUGAUGCUAUUAAGUGCAUAUUUACAUAUAAAGUUGAUAUAAAUUUAGAGUAUUUAAUAAUUGUGGUUUAAAAUAAUUAGCUUCAAAAUUAAUUAUCAUAUUUGAAAUUUUUUUUUUGUGUCAAACACGUGCCAUAUUUAUUUACGCUUCCUGUUUUCUUAUUUAAAUUUAUACAUAAUUUAAUUAUAAAUUAAUUAGUCUAUGUAAAAAAUCAUAUAUUAUAUGUUAUAUAUUUUUUGCGCAUGAAUAACGCAGAAAUUUAAAAAGAAAAUAAUAAUAAACAAAAAAAAAAUUAUAAUAUAAAAAAAUAGGAGCGCAUGCAUCGUAGGAUAUAAUCAAUGUUAACUAAUAGGUCGUAUGACGCUGCCGUUAAAUUACCUAUAUACAAGGUGAAAUUUCGAAGACUUUUAUAAUUUUAUUAUUAUUAUUUAUUUAUGGAUCGCUGUGCGGUAUCAUUAAAUUUGAUACUUGCUUUUUUUCAUUUUUUUCAUUUUAUUUAUUUUAUUUAUUAUGAUUUAUUAUUCUAUUUAUUUAUUUAUUAUUUUUUUUUUUUAUUUAUUCAACUCAAGGAUCUUGUUCAAUGUAUGCACAUUGUAAAAUUUUAAUUAACUUGAUUUAUACUUUUAUUUAUUGUUGAACUGAAGAAUUUAAAAAAAAAAAUUAAAUUUCUUUUAAUAUUUUGUCAAUGCCAAGUAUUGUAUUUUUUUUUUUUUUAUUUUAUUUGGUAAUUGUUGGCAGAAGAUUUAACAAUCCAGCAUAAUAGGAAUUGAUUAAAAAAAUAUUUAAAAAAAAAUUAAAGUAUAAUUGCAAUUGAUUUUUAAUAAAUGAG